ACAGCAGAAACUGAGAGUCAAAGAAAGCAGACAAGCAUCCUGCAUGAGAAGCACACCUCUGCUCUCUGGGUUUGUCUUCGAGGGACGUUCGGAGCCGCAGAGGAGGAAGUGACCUGAAGCCGGAGCCGCUCCGUCCUCCUCCCCGCGGGACCAGUCGCUCAGGCUCCAGCAGCCGAAACCCUCUUCAAUCCAGUCAGCUCUUUGCUACCUCCAACCCAGCUGACAUGGCUCCCACCCUGGCCAUGGCCUUCUCCCGCCGCUGGUGGAUGGCGGUGACGGCGGUCAUCGAGAACCUGCUUUUCUCUGCUGUGCUGCUCGGCUGGUCGUCCCUGCUCAUCAUGCUCAAGUCUGAGGGCUUCUACUCCUACCUGUGCAAAGGACCAGAAAACAGCUCCAGUCUCAACCUCUCCAACACGAACACCUCUAAGGCUGACAGUGAAGAAGAGGAGUAUCUGCUGAUGAACAACUGGCCCAUCUGCAAAGAUCAGGACGAGAUGCUGAACCUGGCCUUCACUGUGGGCUCCUUCCUGCUGUCGGCCAUAACUCUGCCCCUGGGCAUUGUCAUGGACAAAUACGGGCCACGGAAGCUGCGACUUCUGGGGAGUGCUUGCUUUGCCUUCUCCUGCCUCCUCAUCGCCUAUGGUGCCAGCGAUCCCAAUAGUCUCUCCAUCCUGAUCUUCUUUGCAUUGGCGUUAAACGGGUUUGGAGGCAUGUGCAUGACCUUCACCUCACUGACGCUUCCCAACAUGUUUGGAGACCUGAGGUCGACCUUCAUCGCCCUGAUGAUUGGAUCUUACGCUUCCUCUGCUGUCACUUUCCCUGGCAUCAAGGUCAUCUAUGAUCUGGGUGCCACCUUCAUCUCCAUCCUGCUGGUUUGGGCCGGCUGUGCCUGCCUUGUCUUCCUCAACUGCUUCGUCAACUGGCCUCUGGAGCCCUUCCCCGGCCCGGAAGAUAUGGACUUCACGGUGAAGAUCAAGUUCAGCUGGCUGGGCUUUGACCACAAGAUCACAGGGAAGCAGUUUUAUCGGCAGGUGACCACAGUGGGGCGGCGUCUUAGUGUUGGCAACUCAAUAAAGCAGCAGCACCAGCCGCCCACAGACCUGGCCACACAGGAGGCCAACAAGCUGUGCCUGUCCACUGUCGACCUGGAGGUGAAAUGCAAGGGCCAGGAAGAGACUCAGUCUUUCAUGAAGAGUAUCUUCAGUCCCAUCUUCCUGCUGAGCCUCAUCACCAUGUGUGUCACUCAGUUGCGCCUCAUCUUCUACAUGGGAGCCAUGAACACCAUCCUGGAGUCCCUGACAGACGGAGACCUCAGCACAGUGGAGAGGAUGGAAGUGGUGAGCGUGUACACCUCCAUCUUUGGCGUGCUCCAGCUUCUGUGUCUGGUCACCUCUCCUGUGAUUGGCUACGUCAUGGACUGGAAACUGAAAGACUGCGAGGACGAGAAUGAUAAGAGUGUCAAGAGAGAGCCUGGUCAGCCCCGCCCCCCCAGCAAACAGAUCCAGAAGAUCGUCAACGCCACCAGAGCCUUCAUCUUCACCAACCUGCUCCUGGUCGGUUUUGGAUGCACCUGCAUCGUCCCCAACCUGCCACUUCAGAUUCUGUCCUUCAUCCUGCACACCAUUGUCAGAGGCUUCAUCCACUCUGCGGUCGGAGGCCUCUACGCUGCUGUGUACCCGUCCUCUCAGUUUGGCAGCCUGACAGGCAUGCAGUCUCUGAUCAGCGCUCUGUUCGCCCUGCUGCAGCAGCCUCUCUUCAUGGCCAUGGUGGGACCCCUGGAUGGAGACCCUCUAUGGGUGAACGUGGGCCUGCUGGUGCUGAGCAUGCUGGGAUUCUGCCUGCCCCUCUACCUGCUGUGCCACAGCCGCCACCUCCAGCGCCUCAGAGACGAACGCGACGAAGAUCCCAAGAUCUACGUCAAGAUGAACAACGGCAGCACACCCGAGGCCUGUGUCUAAACCGGGAGAAGGAAGAGUUUUUAAAAAGUGGAGAGGACGAGCUACGCUAAGAAAGAAAGAGGGUGGAGGAGGUCUUCUACCUGUGUCACACAUGUGAUCAUUCACUCUGAGGCAUCUCUCUCAGUCCAGACACUCACAAACCUUUUACAUUCCUCACACACAUUACACUGCUCAUCAUACAUGACUGAACACCACUGUGACACCCAGUUUCAUCCCCUCUGACAAUAUACGCUGUGAAAAACCUCACAGAAAUACACUGAAACCACACGAGAAGCUCACAGUCCCUCCACUGCACCUCUAAACAGACUAGGGGAGAGAAAACAACUGUUUAUUUCUCCCUAAGUGACUCCCCCUCUUCACAUCUUCUCUUCUUUCUUGCCAUUUUUAUUUCAUGCUGUUACAUCUGCCGUUGACGGCCAACUGGUUUCGCCUCCGCCAGUCCUGCACAGAAACCACAGGAAGAGACGAUGCCAGCCAAUGGAAAACCACAGUGAGGACAUUUCCAAUGAUAAAUGUAAAAAAAAAAAAGAAAAAAAAAAUCUCAGUGACAGUAUUGGUGUGUUGUGAACAAUUUGGACUCCAGUAACCAUGACGACCUUGCUUUCUGAUGGGUUCGGGUUUGUCUAAGGUGCUGCUCACCCAGCCAACUCUAUCUCAGACAUGUUUAUAUGUGAGAAAAAGCACACACACACACACACACACACACACACACACACACACACACACACACACACACACACACACACACACACACACACACACACACACACACACACACACACACGCACAAGCACACAAGUAGCAUCCUCAGUCAUGGCAUCUCCGCUUCCUCUUGUGCCCGAGGACAUUAACCGAAUAAGAAUCCACAGGAGGCAUCAGUUCAGGGUGAAGCUCACACUGCAACAGCUUUGUGAUCAGCACACAACACACAGAUAAGUUAGUCAAGAAAACGCUGCAGCAGCAUCUUUGUGUGGGUCUGUGCUCCCUAAUGCAGUGUGAUGAUUUAGUUUCUGCUGUUAGACAAACAGUGCAUGUUGCCAGAGACAGUGCUGGUCCUUUAUUACUAUUUCACUCAGUCACUGGUGCAGGAAGACACAACCAGUUUGCCAUGUUUCUGUUUUAUGUCCAUACAUUUGGAAUAUGUAAUCGUUCAUGUAUUUACUUGCAAUAUGAUCUCAGAUGCGUUGUUUAAUCUUUGUUCCUUAUGCAUGAUCUGAUGAUGAUAAGGAGAAGAUGUGUUUAGAACAGGUGGACGGGACAAAGACGUUAGAUCUAGUGUGUUUUUAAAGGUUGGAGCAGCGUUACUGAAAUCGCUGCUCAGAUGAAUUUGGGGUCUCGAUUCGUUGUAGCAAUAAGUGCUUCUGCGAGGUGCUGGCAACACACAGGCGACAUUUUAAGGACUGUAUUUUUGAAUCGCAAAAGGUGCUAGUUGAAUCACAGAAAUUUGUUGUUUGUGUUUGGCUUUAAAGCGCUGUUGAGGUGAUUUUUCAAAGGCAAUGAAUUGCCACCAAAUUCCUAGUAAGAGCAUGUUUUUCUUUACAACUCCAAAGAACCAAUCAACUUACCAUUUCUGAAUUACCUUUACUCUUUGUUUCUUAUCGGUUUCGUGGUGAUUCUGCACCUUAACACUAAGUGCAACCACAGCAGCAGCUCUGGGAAACUUGAAUUCACCUCUUACAGACAUAAAGGGAGAUUUGCUAGAAGGUAGCAGGCUGAUAAAGACUCCCAGCUUCAGAGGAAAAACCAGAGAGCGAUGACACUAAACGCAGACAACAAAGAGUCUUUGUAUUUGAAAGAGAAGCCCAGAACAGAAGCCUGGAGUGUGUAGACGAUGAUGCAGGGAGAUAAUAAUUCAGUCUGCUGUCUUCAAAUGCCAUACAGUCAAGCUCCUCAGAUGAUUUUUUUUCCUGCCUGGCAGUAACUGACAGAGGCACGUCCAAAGACAGCCAUGACCCUCAGAGUGCCUCUCUGUGAGAUGGGAGGAGUGGAUCCAGGCAGGAUGUGGUGCACCCAGUCCCUCCCUCCCUCCAUCUAUCCAUCCAUCUAUCUAUUGCUUUCAUCCACCCAUUAAAACGUGUCUUGAAAUGUUUACUGUUGACAGAGCGGAGAGACAAGCCUCUGCUGCCACCAAACUCCCCCAGCUAAGUGAGAAUUGAAUGGCACAUGAUGCACUUUAGACCUCUAAAAUGGACCUCAGUCAUGUAUUUCUGAGCGGCCUGUAUUGUAAGCAUGGCUGUCUGCCGGAUGAUGCAAAGAAUGUAGACUCAGAGCUUCGGAUGUAGAUUUGUACUUCAGAACAUGGGAACAGAAAGAUGCUGUUAUUUUUUUAUACUCAGAAAAAAACUAUUGCUUCACAUGUUCGUUAUAUCGCCUUUAUGUGCAAGGACAAGGUGGCAGAGGCUUGUUUCUCAGCUCAGGAACCUCCAUAGGUCAUACCAAUCAGAACGGGUUCUAAACUGCAUGAGUUUAGAGAGAAGCAAAAGAAGAGAAAAUGUAUGGAGUCAAAUUGGUGCCAAAAUUCUUGAAAUGCGCUUAGGUGGAAGACAAAUGUGAGGAAAAUUAUGUACAUUUGUAUUUAAAGAUUUGUGCGUGUUAAAUUGAAUGUUGCAUAAUGGAUGUAGGAAAAGUACAUCAUCCAAAAUGAAGCACCUUAAUUGUUAAAAAUGCCACUUUUUGGUCAGAUAUGACCGUCAAAAUUCCAAGCAAGGUCCACGACUGAAACUUUGGAUUUUUGAAGAUAAACCUAUGCAGACAGUGUGCAGGAAUUCACUGCAUCUGUUCCCUUUUUUAAUUCAAAACUUGUAUAUUGUAAUCUCUAAAGUACAAAAAUUGUGUAAAAGCUCUUUUUAUCCAUCCACUUAAGUGGGUGAUGGUAGCCCCGAUAUCCUUCUCCCUAGAGACAGAUCUGAAUCUGUCAUUUGUCAGUCUUUAUGUGUGCAUUGUACAAAAAUGGGAGGAACCAGUGUUGUUUCCCAAAACACUGGUUUUGUACUUGAUAGAUACAUUACAAUAUAUUUUUAUAAAAAAUGGACAAAUCUUCACUUACAAAUGCACAGUAUUCGUUUCCACCUCACAAAGCCAGAUUUAUGGUACAACUGUCAUUGAUGUAACUGAUCAAGGAGCUAAUUUAACUCCAUACAGUGAAUCUCUGGCGUCCUGUAACUAAAAUCAACGUGUUCUGACCAGAGAUUGCAGCCAGGUACAGAUAGAGCGCUAUGAAUGUGGGUGAAGAUGGACAUUGAUUUUUUGAUUUGCCCGGUAACCCACCCUGAACUCACUCUCGACAGUGGCUUAAUAAUAACGUUGUCUUGGAUUGAUGUCACACGUGUAACAUCAUAUGAUACCUGAGCCUGGCUGAAUGAGGCAUGAGUUCAUUCCCUCACAAUGGGAAACCAAUCAGCACUUUCCUUCACUGCCGUACCUUAACUGACUCACCCUGCCCUCAAUGCCAUCAUCUCCCUGGCCUAACCCGAACCUCCUAGGAUAGGGAUUGUACUCAAGUUUGGUUUAUCGAUCGAUGUAUUGAUGAAUUGUUUUUUUCAUGAUAACUUCCCGGUGUCAGCAUUUGCUUGUGGGAGUUUUUUGACAAUGUGUGAUGUUAAGAAAAAGAUAUUUUAACCCUGACGCCGUGUUCCCUUUUUUUCUACCUACCAUGCUCCAGUUUAAUUGUGUUGUCUUCUAUUAAGCUUUUUUUCCCAUCUGAUGUUUACGAGAAUGUGUAUUUUAAUGUUCUUACGUUGUAUAUUUGGGUUUCUUUUGUCUUGUACCACAGUAUAGCCGUUGUCAUUGACUUUUCAAGACAUGCUGUUUCAAAUGAAAGAAAAAAAAAGACAGAUCAUUAUAUGAAGCAAAAUAAACACGAUAAUUUGUA